GUACAAUUUUGAAUAGUGAUGAAAUAACAGCUGCGGAAGUUAAGUGAGGAGUGUGUGUUUGUUAAAAUACGAUAUCUACGUGCAGUUGUACUAAACAAAAUGAAGGGCGUCAUGAAGAUGAGGCGAGAGGCGAGGCCCGCGGGCGCGAUCAUGAAGUUCCGGCUGCUCAUGUGGAAGAACUUCCUGCAGCAGUGGAGGCAUCGGCUGCAGACCAUCACGGAGCUGCUGCUGCCAGUGCUCACCAUGACCCUGGUCCUCGUCUUGCGAUGGCAGAUGGAGCCAAUCACAGUCGGGACCCUCACGUACCCCCCGCUGCCAGCACACACACUCAACUAUUCCACAGCAGUUUUAGCGGGCAUGAACUUAACGCAGAUGUCAAUAGCAUACUCACCAAAAAGUCCAGUAUUAGAAGACGUCGUCAGAACUGGAAUCACAAACUUAUUAGUAGCGAAUGCAAAAGAUCUGAUCCCUGUUUUAAUAGAUAAUAUUUCUAUACCUGGUUUACCGGGUAUAGAAUUUCCACCGGAUUUUGAUUUUAACUCUACAGCUAUUAUCGAGGUCCUAAAGUCACGAAUAAAAAUUGAUCCUUAUAACAACAGUCAUGAACUAAGAGGACUCUACGUGCAAGAGGAUUCCACUCGCAAGGUUAUCGCUGGGAUUGAGUUUGAUGAUAAACUUUUUGGCGCGGAAGACUUGUCAAACAAUUUAUCAUUUGCACUACGGUUCCCUGAAAGGCCUCGAUUGAACUCUUUCUUUCAACGAGGAGGUCGCACUUGGCGAACCGACAUUGUGUUCCCGUUAUUCGAAAUGCCAGGGCCCAGAUUCGCUUAUUCCUGGGAAGGUGGCAAUGAUCCAGGCUACGUCAACGAAAUGUUUAUCGCGCUGCAACACGUUAUCUCUAACGAGUUGAUAUCGAGAGCUACUGGAGAAGAUUUAAAAUCGUUCAGGAUCAAUAUCCAGAGGUACCCUCACCCGCCUUACAUCCAAGACUUGGCGGUCGAUGUCCUACAGUUCAUGUUCCCGAUGUUCAUCAUGCUCAGCUUCAGUUACACCGCUGUUAAUAUAGCGAGGGCUGUUACGGUAGAAAAGGAAUUACAAUUAAAGGAAACGAUGAAAAUUAUGGGUCUACCCACAUGGCUACAUUGGACGGCAUGGUUUUGCAAGCAGUUUCUCUACCUCCUUGUAACAGCGAUUUUGAUUAUAGUCCUUUUAAAGAUAAAUUGGUUUACUAACGAAGAUGGCUUUUCUGAAUACGCAGUGUUUACUAAUACCCCCUGGACGGUGCUGUUCUUUUUCAUGAUUCUGUACUUAUCAUGCGCUAUAUUUUUCUGUUUUAUGAUAAGCAGUUUCUUUUCGAAAGGUAGUACAGCGGCGUUGUGUAUGGGAGUGAUCUGGUUCCUAUCAUACGUCCCAGCUGUUCUCUUGGCCAUGGAUAUUGACAUGUCUACUGCUAUGCAAGUCUUCACAUGUCUCAGCAUAAAUUCAGCGAUGUCUUACGGUUUCCAACUUCUACUCGCCAAGGAGAGUAUUGGAGGGCUGCAGUGGGGCGAAUUCAUGUCGUCACCGGCUACGGAGACGAACCGUUUCGUGUUCGGGCACGUGGUCAUCAUGCUGGCCUUGGACUGCGUCAUUUACAUGCUCAUCACUUUAUACCUUGAACAGGUUAUGCCAGGGCCCUUUGGAACCCCAAAACCCUGGUAUUUCCCCUUCCAGAUUAAAUUCUGGCUGCCCAAUUAUAAUUCAGAUUCCGGUUUUAUUUUUGAAAACGAAGUGAGUGAAUCUGAAGAUAUCAUUAAAGAGAAAGACCCAAUCGAUCAUGCUAUCGGUGUAAAAAUGCAUGAUCUAACAAAAAUCUACGGGAAUAACAUAGCCGUCAAUCACCUUACUCUGAAUAUUUAUAAUGAUCAGAUUACUGUCUUAUUGGGUCACAACGGUGCUGGGAAAUCUACUACCAUAUCUAUGUUGACAGGGAAUUUAAAAGCUACUCGCGGGUCCAUGAGCGUAGCUGGGUUCGACAUGAGCUCUCAAGCCGCCGCCGCUCGCUCCCACAUUGGCUUGUGUCCACAACACAACGUCUUGUUCAACGAACUUACUGUUAAAGAACAUCUGGAAUUUUUCGCCCGCCUCAAAGGAUUUAAAGGCAAACAAUUAAAGGACGAAAUCGAUGCUCUUAUCACUAAAUUGGAACUAGAAGAAAAGCGUGAUUAUCCUUCUAAAGGUCUUUCUGGUGGUCAGAAGCGUCGUCUAUGUGUCGGGAUAGCUUUAAGUGGUGCAGCGCGUGUCGUACUCCUAGACGAACCCACUUCUGGCAUGGACCCUGCAUCACGACGUGCUCUCUGGGAGCUUUUGCAACGGGAGAAGAAAGGUCGCUCAAUGAUCCUGACCACGCAUUUCAUGGACGAGGCAGAUAUUCUUGGUGAUAGAGUCGCCAUAAUGGCCAACGGUCGUCUGCAGUGCGUGGGCUCGCCGUACUUCCUCAAACGUCACUACGGCGUCGGGUACACCCUGGUCGUCGUCAAGGAUGAUGACUUCGACUUCGAGGCAUGCACUGCACUUAUAAAUAACUACGUCCCAGGCAGUAUCAUGAAGGAAGAUCGCGGAUCCGAAAUAGCGUAUAGUCUAGUCAACGAUUAUUCACACACUUUCGAAGAUAUGUUGAAUGACCUGGAGAAGAACAUGGGCAAAAUUAAAUUGAAGAAUUAUGGCUUGGUGGCAACCACGCUCGAAGAUGUAUUUAUGAGUGUUGGCGCGGACUUGGCACCUGUACAUUCAGAGACAGACGAUACUGCGACCACAACUACUGAUUCCUCAAUGGAAGAUGCGCUUAAACAUGAAAUCGAUUCAUCUUUAGAACAAUUGGAUAGAGACGAAAGUAGCGUGAAAGGGUUCCGUCUACUGUACCAGCAUGUUUUAGCAGUAUGGUUGAAGUUAGCCCUGGUCUGGUACCGAUCAUGGUGGCUUGUGCUUCUGCAGUUUGCGGCUCCCAUAGUCCUGAUAAACGCAACGCUCGGGGUCUUGCAAUACGUUAUGUCCUUCGUGCCAACUAUAAACAACAGGAUUUUAGAUCUGACAGAAGGUUACGUACUUACCGAGACCCUGUUGAGCUACAAUGGUACAACAGCGUCAUCGCUUGGAGCUCUCGCAGCGAGGGCAUACGAAACGAUGUUCAAAACGUCCGGAGUUGACAAUAUGGAGCUUACGGUGAUAGGCAAUCAACCAGUCGAAGAAUAUUAUCUUGAUAGGGCAAAUGACACCAUAGUAAUGGCCAGUCUUCGUCACCGGCUGCUGAUUGGCUCCACCUUCGAUGACAACUCGGCCACCGCCUGGUUCAGCAAUUUCGGCUACCACGAUGUCGCCACAUCACUAGCAGCUGUCUACUCAGCUUUACUCAGAGCCAAGAACUCAAGUGCUUACAUCCACGUUUACAAUCAUCCCUUAGAAGCCACGUAUACGGAUCAAAGUGAUUUGCAAACGAUGAUAGCGAUGUUGUCCAUGCAACUGGCGUCUGGUAUCGGCAGCAGUGUGGGCAUCGUGAGCGCUGUCUUCAUCAUGUUUUACAUUAAGGAGCGUGUAUCAGGCGCCAAGUUGCUGCAGAAGGCGGCGGGCGUGCAGCCGGCCGUGUUGUGGGGCGCGGCCGCCGUGUUCGACUGGACGGCCUUCCUGCUCACCUGCGUGUCUAUCGUCAUCUCCUGCGCAGCCUUCCAGGUCAUAGGACUGUCUACAGCUUCCGAGUUGGGUCGCAUGUACUUAUGUGCGAUGGUGUACGGGGCUGCGAUGUUGCCGCUCGGCUACAUCAUGUCGCACGUGUUCAAAGGACCCGCUGUCGGAUUUGUCAGCUUCUUCUUCAUGAAUGUUCUAUUCGGUAUGAUGGGUCCGCAAGUGGUGGAGGCGCUGUCGUCGCCGAACCUCACGACGCAACACGUGGCGCACAUCAUGGACAACAUACUGCAGUUCUUCCCACUUUACAGUCUUGUUACAGCUGUCAGAUACUUAAACCAGAUCGGUCUCCGUGAGUACACGUGUCUUCAGGGCUGUGAAUACCUGCAGGCGGUUUACCCCAACGUGGAGUGCACUAUGGCUAACAUGUGUGAAUUCUCUAGCACAUGUUGCGUUCGUGAAAACCCGUACUUCGACUGGGAAGAGCCGGGCGUCAUGCGGUACUUGAUCGCCAUGACAGGCACCUGUGCCGUCCUGUGGGCUAUUCUGAUGGUCAUCGAAUACAGACUUUUCCAAAAGGUAUUCACCUUCCGCAAAACCCCGCCGCCGGUGGACGAGGGCUCGCUCGACGAGGACGUGGCUCUAGAGGCGGAGCACGCGCGUCACACGCCGCCCGCCGACCGCGCCAACCACGCACUGCUCGCUACAGACCUCGCCAAGUACUACGGGAAACAUCUCGCUGUAGACCAAGUCUCCUUCAGUGUAAAUGACGGAGAGUGUUUCGGUCUGCUGGGAGUGAAUGGCGCGGGCAAGACCACGACCUUCAAGAUGCUGAUGGGCGACGAGGCCAUCUCCAGCGGCGAGGCCUACGUCAGCGGACACUCCGUGCGAAAGAACCUUAACAGGGUUCAUGAGAAUAUUGGCUACUGUCCUCAGUUCGACGCCCUGUUCGGCGAGCUGACAGGCCGCGAGACUCUCCGCAUGUUCUCGCUGAUGCGCGGUCUCCGCAUGAGCUCGGCCGCGCCCGCCGUCGAGACGCUCGCGCACGCACUCGGCUUUCUCAGACAUCUCGAUAAGAGGGUUGAUCAAUAUUCAGGAGGCACUAAACGAAAGCUGAACACAGCGAUUGCAUUCUUAGGAAGAACGAGACUUGUGUUCGUCGACGAACCUACCACCGGCGUAGACCCCGCUGCUAAACGACACGUAUGGCGAGCCACGCGAGGCGUGCAGCGAGCGGGCCGCGGCGUAGUGCUGACGUCACACAGUAUGGAGGAGUGUGAAGCACUGUGCUCACGACUCACCAUCAUGGUCAACGGACGGUUCCAAUGCCUUGGAACACCGCAACAUCUCAAGAAUAAAUUCUCUGAAGGUUUUACGUUAACAAUCAAAAUGAAAAUGGAGGAUGACCCAGAAACAUCGUCGACUAACAGCGGCAACGUUAAAGUUGAUCUUGUUAAGGAAUAUGUUGAAAAUAAUUUCAAGACUCCAAGGAUAAUGGAGGAAUACCAAGGCUUAUUAACAUACUACCUCCCAGACCGCACUGUGGCGUGGUCUCGGAUGUUCGGGAUAAUGGAGCGAGCGAAACGAGAUCUAGAAAUCGAAGAUUACAGCAUAUCACAGACUACAUUAGAACAGAUAUUCCUACAGUUUACAAAGUACCAGCGGCAAGAGGGAGACGAAUCAUAGUCGUUGUCUCACUUUGCACCAGUUCGCCCGGCGACUGGUGUCAGUGGCGACAUCUAUGUUCUUUGACUUUAUUUGGGGAACCUGGGGUCAUAAGUAAACGUAACCGUUUACCGGGACAGAGUUUACCUUCCUGUGUAAAUACCCGUUGACAGCCUAGGUCUCCUAGAAUAAUGUUUGUUGAUAUGCUUCCAUCUGUGAUAUGUAUUGUAUGAUUAUCUCAGCCGUUUAUGCUAUUAAUGUUCUGCGGUUUGAAUAAUUGUGUAUGAAUGCGAAAUCUAAGCUUAUCAGUCCAUGCAUGUGUUGGAUAACGUAGUUUAUAGUUUGAAGGCUGCUUUUUGUGAAAGCAGGAUGUGAAAAUAGGAAGUCAUUAGUUAUACUAACGAUGCUAGACAGAUGUUACUCCGCAAAUAGAAGAAUUACCUGCCAUAUUGGUAUGACGUAAAUUGACAAUAGGUACAUUUCUAUUGGUAGCCAUUUUCAAUGCUGCCUUAAACGUCAAAAUGACGUCUUUUUCCCUAAUGGGAUUAUAAUAGCAAUCAUUUGUAUAUUGGUCAAUAUCGCUAGAGAAGUAGUCAAGUUUUCAACGAUUUUAAUCAAGGUUGCUUUGAUUCCUGCAUAG